GCGUUCAAAAAGAUGUUGGUCUCAGAUGAGGUCGUUGGCCUCAGAGACGCAGAGCAGGCUGCUACAAGGCCUGCACCAACGGGUCUCGCUGCGGGCGCAACCUUGGACGAUGCUGUAAGAGAUCUCAUAACAACCUACCACGACCUCAACCCCUCCACCAUCGACACCCUAUACUCCGACCCCUCGCCCCUGGAAUUCAUGCGCUACGUCGCCCGCAACCGCCCCUUCGUCAUCAAAAACAGCGCCGCAGACUGGAAAGCCCGCCAACACUGGACCGCCGCGUACCUGAAGCGCGCCAUGGCCGGCCACUCCGUAAACGUCUCGCUCACGCCCCACGGGAACGCCGACUCCGUCGUGUCGCUCCCGGGCGGCGGCCACGUGUUCGCGAAGCCGCACGAAGCCACCGAAGACUUCGCGGCUGUGAUUGAUGCCAUCAGCGCCCAGGGCCUGCAGUCCACCACCGAGACUCCCGCGCCCCGCCACAUCCGCUACGCGCAGACCCAGAACGACAAUCUGCGCGACGAGUACGCGCCACUCCUCGCAGACGUGCCGCCCAGCAUCCCCUUCGCGCACGUCGCCCUCGACCGCGCGCCCGACGCGAUAAACCUGUGGCUCGGCAGCGCGGCGUCGCGCACCGCGCUGCACAAAGACGCGUAUGAGAACCUGUACGCGCAGAUCCUGGGGCGCAAGCACUUUGUCCUCUUGCCGCCGUCGGACGCCGCGUGUGUGGGUGAGCGGGGGGUGCUGGCGGGUACUUAUGCGCCGCGCGACCCCGAGCGGGAGGGGGCGGGGGAGCUGGUGCUUAAGGUCGAUGAGCCGGAGGCGUAUGUGCCGUGUGCGCUGUGGGAUCCGGAGACACCGGAGGUGAAUGCGACGAAGUACUCCAGCUUGGCGCGGCCGAUCAGGGUGACGCUCGAGGAGGGCGAUGUGAUGUAUCUGCCGGCGCUGUGGUAUCAUCAGGUGCGGCAGAGUUGUGACGACGAGGGGCUGUGUUGCGCAGUGAACUACUGGUAUGAUAUUGAUUUCGCGGGCGGAUUUUGGAGCACGGCGGGGUUUGUGAGGGCGGUGGGUGUUCUUGGGGAGGAAGGGGGGAGUGGCUAGGAUUGCGUAGGAUUGUGU